AUGGACGGCGCAGGCCACACAGCAGGCAGCAAGGCGUCGGUCGACGCUCUGCAAGCAUCAUCCACCACCGCUAGCGGACAGGCGGGCAAGGGCAGAACAGGGCAUGGCCAGGCAUGGUAUGGCACGGUUAUGGUAUGGCAGGGAAGAAGCGGCAUGCAAGCAAGGCAGGCGGAGGGUGGCACUGUUGCAAAGCCUGUCACUGUGAUUAGACGUCGUGCUUGCGUCAGCCGUCGUCGUCUUUCCAAGACCGUAAAGCGUACCCGGUACCCGCAUCUCCUCUUUCACCUGGUCCCGGAGUUGGGCCAUUUCCUCCACCUGUCGAGUGGUUCUGUGGACGGACUCGGCUUCUACGAUCUCGCCAACCUGCUCGCUCAGCUUGCCCAUAUCGCUGUCGCUGUUGCUGUCGCUGUCGCCGACGACUUGGCCAACCCACCCAAUACCAAUGGUACCAACCCCACACCAAACUCUCUGGGCCCUUGGCCGUUCUGGGUUCCGCCAUUACGAAGGGCACUCACUUGCUGCUACUGGUACCCCAUUGCCUUACUUGAGUUAAUGAAUCAAGUUGUAUGGGCCAUGCUAUGCCAUGCGACACGAGGCCAUACCGUACCAUACGAUGCCGCGCCGCCCUAUCGACUACUGCCUUGGACCAUGGCUUUGCCAGGCACAGGCUGGCUCGGCCUUUGGAUCGCAGGUAGGUUGGCGCGCACCAAUUUUCCGACCACUUAG